UAAAUCAAUUGGCGGGUCUCUCCUCCAGUCAUCUCCAAAAUAGCUCCUCCCGUACUCCCAAAAUCAGAUCAAAAUCAACGAAAAUCAGUCAAAAAAACCUCAAAAUUCCAAAAUAUAGCAAAUUAGAGAGUUGUUUGCCGGAUUCAAGAGCUCUUUCGCGGUUGGGAUCGAGAUUACGAAGCCUUUGCAUCACUACCUGAUUCUGCUAUUGAUUUAGAGAGACUAAGCUCAGCUUUUUAGGGCUUCUGUUCUUCUGCAGAGUCAACAAUUAUGUUCCUUCUACGGUAAUUCGUUUUCCUUCAAAGAGACCUCAUUAGCAAAUCGAGUUGAGGCCGCGCUCGACUGCUGCUCUUCAUAAUCUCCUUCUCCGGCGAACUCGGCUGAGAAAUCGAGUGUUCUUUUUCCUUUUCCAAGCUUGUUUCAGUGCGAACUGGAUUAGAGGGACCCAGACUUACUGCUGCUCAAAAGAUAUGGUACUGCGUGGUGAGAGUCGGUGGUCAAUAUAUAUGGGCCCGUUUACAAUCAUUUUCUGCUUUUCGGAGAUGGGGCGACUCUGAGCAGGGCAAGGAAAUUAAUAUGUUCCAGCCUGCUCGUAAAUUUUUACCCAUGAUUGAUGAGGUUUUUAAAACCCUUGCCGAGAAAACUAAAGACAUUAAGGAUGCGAAGGUUGAGCACCAUAAGUUUUGUGCCUCUGUACAUUACCGUAAUGUAGAUGAAAAUAAUUGGCCAGUCGUUGCACAAUACGUCCAUGAUGUCUUGAAAGACUACCCUCGGCUACGGCUAACUCAUGGGCGGAAGGUGGAAUAGAUCAAGAAAUAGAAGAUGAAGGCAUUGAAGAUCUAGACCUUACUUAAGAUGAAUUUUGAAUUGCUAUAGAUGAAUGAUCUAGGAAUCUUUUGUUGUCAACAUUUUGAAACUUACUAUCUUGAAAUGUAUUAAACUUAUGCACUUGAGCUAUAUUUCUAUUUUAAAUGAACUGUUACAAUAGCC